AUGAAGCUCCUCGGGACCCUCGCCUUCUCGGCGCUGGCGGCCGCCGCCGCCGUCACGGGCCCCCAACCCCGCAAUGCCGUCGCCGGCGACAACAACAGCAAAGUCAGCUACGAAGGGUACCACGUCUACCGCAUCAGGGCCGGCAGCCCGCGCGAGAUCGAGGAGAUCGAGCACCAGCUCUCGCCCUACCACUCGGCGCACGGCCGCGACACGCUCGAGGUGGUCAUCCCGCCGCACGAGGUCCGCAGCUUCGAGGCCAUGGGCUUCGACGCCCAGCUGCUGAGCCGCGACCUGUCGCAGCAGAUCCGCGCCGAGUCGGCCGUGCAAGCCAGGUACAGCCGCAGCCUCCGCAAGCGCGACGACGACCUGCCCGACCUGAGCUGGUUCGACUCCUACCACGCCUACGAGGACCACCUCGACUACUGGGAUGACCUGGCCGCCGCUUUCCCCGGCCACGCCGAGAAGGUGUACCUGGGCGACUCGUACGAAGGGCGCGAGAUCUACGCCUUCAAUUUCUGGGGCGACGAGGAGGGCAAGGAGAGCAAGCCCGUCAUUCUGUGGCAUUCUACCGUGCAUGCUCGCGAGUGGAUCAGCACCAUGGUCCUCGAGUACUUGACUUACCAACUCAUCGACGGGUACAAGUCGGGCGAUGCCAACGUGACCCGGAUCCUGGACCAUUACGAUUUUUGGAUGGUUCCUUUUCAUAAUCCUGACGGCUUCGUGUACUCGCAAACGACGGACCGCAUGUGGCGAAAGAACCGCCAACCGCGCAGCAACACCACCUGCGUCGGCACGGACAACAACCGCAACUGGAAGUACCAGUGGAACGCCGACCCCGAGGGAGGCUCCGUCUCGCCCGACCCCUGCAGCCAGUCCUACAAGGGCCAGUGCGCAGGCGACACGCCGGAGAACGUAGCCGUGUCGGCCCUCUCGUCGGAGCUGGCGGCGCGCGAGGCCGGCAUCCGUUCGUACAUCGACUGGCACUCGUACAGCCAGCUGAUCCUGACACCUUAUGGUUGGUCGUGCAAGCCCGAGGACCUCCCCGCCACGCUGCCCCGCAUGAUGGCCGUCGGCGAGGGCGUGGCGGCGGCCAUUGCGGCGGAGAGCGGCAAGCGGUACGUCGUCGGCCCGGCCUGCGAGGUGCUGUAUGCCAGUUCCGGCACGGGGCGUGAUCAUCACCAUGGCGCGUUGGCCGCGGAUCAUUCUUGGACGCUGGAGCUGCGACCCGCGAAUGCUCGCGAGGGUGGAUUUAUCUUGCCGCCUGAGCAGAUUUGGUCGACGGUGAGGGAGCAGUGGGCUGGGCAGCUGUGGAUGCUCAACGAAGUCUGGGACAACUGA